CUUACGUUUACUCUGCGCCGGAAGGAGCSUUAGAGUGCUUUUGCUAGUAUGGCGGCGGUGGAUAUCCGAGAUAAUCUCCUGGGAAUCUCUUGGGUUGACAGCUCUUGGAUCCCCAUUUUGAACAGUGGUAGUGUCCUGGAUUACUUUUCAGAAAGAAGUAAUCCUUUUUAUGACAGGACAUGUAAUAAUGAAGUGGUCAAAAUGCAGAGGCUAACAUUAGAACACCUGAAUCAGAUGGUUGGAGUCGAGUAUAUCCUUUUACAUGCUCAGGAGCCCAUUCUUUUCAUCAUUCGGAAGCAACAGCGGCAGUCCCCUGCUCAAGUUAUCCCACUAGCUGAUUACUAUAUCAUUGCUGGAGUGAUCUAUCAGGCACCAGACUUGGGAUCAGUUAUAAACUCCAGAGUGCUUACUGCAGUGCAUGGCAUCCAGUCAGCUUUUGAUGAAGCUAUGUCAUACUGUCGAUAUCAUCCUUCUAAAGGAUAUUGGUGGCAUUUCAAAGAUCAUGAAGAGCAAGAUAAAGUCAAGCCUAAAGCCAAAAGGAAAGAAGAACCAAGCUCUAUUUUUCAGAGACAGCGUGUGGAUGCUUUACUUGUAGAUCUUAGACAGAAAUUUCCACCCAAGUUUGUGCAGCAAAAGUCUGGAGAAAAGCCYGUUCCAGUGGAUCAAACAAAGAAAGAGGCAGAACCUAUACCAGAAACU